GCCGGUUGCUGGGAUACGGCGGGCCUGGUGGGAGCAAUAAGAGGCCUUCGGCCGCUCACAAGAGGUGCUGGAGCGACGGGGAAGCCUCUGAAGCUGUGAACACAAUUUAACUACACUUAGAUCAGUAUGUCAUUCAAGCUGGUGUUGCUGAGGCAUGGCGAAGGUGCAUGGAACAAAGAAAAUCGAUUCUGCAGCUGGGUUGAUCAGCGUUUGACUCCCAAUGGUAUAAAAGAAGCCCAAACAUGUGGAAAGAUCCUAAAAGAAGCAGGAUUUGAAUUUGAUCUUGUGUUUACGUCUAUUUUGAGUCGAUCCAUUGAAACUGCAUGGCAAGUUUUGCAUGAGAUGGGGCAAGAAUGGGUACAAACUGAGAGCUCAUGGCGACUUAAUGAGCGCCAUUAUGGAGCAUUAAUAGGUCUUAACCGGGCAGAGUUGGCUGCAAUUCAUGGAGAAGUAAAAGUUAAGCUUUGGAGAAGAAGUUAUGAUAUCACUCCUCCUCCUAUUGAUGAAUCGCAUUUGCAUUUCUACGAAAUUUACAAUGAUCGAAGAUACAAUUAUUGUGAUGUUGUAAAAGACAAACUACCCAAAGCUGAGAGUUUGAAGGAGGUUCUUGACAGAUUGCUGCCUUAUUGGCAUGAUGUAAUUGUGCCAGAAGUGAAAAAGGGGAAAUGCAUUCUAAUAUCUGCACAUGGAAACAGUACCAGGGCUCUGCUCAAGCAUCUGGAAGGUAUCCCAGAUGAUGAAAUAGUUAAUGUGACCCUGCCUACUGGAGUGCCAGUAGUUUUGGAACUGGAUGCGAACCUUCACCCAGUUAGACCACAUGAAUUUUUAGGUGAUCAGGAGGCCAUCCAGGCAGCUAUCAAAAAGGUGGAGGAUCAGGGCAAAGCAUCAGCUCCAGGAAAGAAUGUCAAUUAACCCACAUGUGCCAAUUAACACAAUGUAUGACUUUGGAGAAGUAUAAUUAGAAAUCAUUUGGGGGAAAAGAAAUUUGGAGGGGAAAUUUAUUUUGUUUGGAAUGCUGUGUAGAUUUGCUGCAGUUGGUGAGCAUAUCUAAGGUUUGGCACUGGUGAAGUAUGUUGAACUUUAUUUGCUGCUUUUGCACUAAUGUCUUAAGGCUAAUUAAUUUAAAAAGCUGAAACUGUAUCUCUUCAUAUACAGGAAGAUAGUUUUAGCACUGUAUGAAGGAUGCUUCUAGUAAAAAUUAUUACAAGGUUAAGUUAAAGAGAUGUUAAUUAUAAUUUGUAAUUUAAGUUGUGAUAUACCUUCUUGGAGAGGCCUGCUACUUUAGUAAGGAACUGCAAAAGGUACCUUUCUGUGGACUAGGACUUCAAGCCUCCAUUCUUCAUUUGUGGUCAUCAUGCUGAGGGAUUUUGGUGCUUGAGAUUGGAACAAUGUUGGUCCAAACUUUACAUGAAACCCAUAAAGCCAGCAAAUAGAGCAUUUUUUUUAAAGUUCCAUGAAUCUGUGCUGGAUUUGAGACCAUGGGCUGGAUUUUAUGCAGCUUGUCACACUGUCUCCUGACAGUUGGAAAACCUCACCAAUUAGGUCGGAGGGCAGAAGGACCUAGUGUGAUUUUCCCAGCCAGUGGUGGCAGGUUAUCGAUUAUGCUCAUUAAUGAGUCAAUUAACACCCAUUAUCUCUGGGUCCACUGCAAUUUAGUGAUGACUUGUUGGGUUUCCCUGCAGCUUUCUGGUGGAAGGUCCUUCGCACUCUGCGCUCAGUAUCAGUCAUGGGUGGCAGCUGAAAGCCACCCCCUCUCCUUGUCUCCGACUCUCCUCCCUCCCCAUCCCACCUUCACUCACCCAUUGACUUGGGGCCUGUGCACGAUCCUGGGCCUUGAGGGGUGCAUUGUCACCAGCAGCCACCGCUCCUACUAGCAUUGGUGCCAUGAGGAGCUCCUGGCUUCUAAUUGACAGGCAGCUUUUGUUGGACGGGACCUCAGUUGCAGAGAAGGUCUGACUGUGGUAAACUGUGCUGAAAAGGCACUUUAUUCCAUUGGACCUCCACCACGGAAUUGGUGAGGGCUGUUUGGUUCUCUGACUGAUGGGAGGCACCCUGUUGGCCUGACAAAAUCCUGGCUCAUGUCCAACAAGUGUAAAAAUCAGUGCUUUAACCCAUGGUGCCAUUCACUUCCCAAAAAUCUUUGUCAUUUUUGAUUAUCAACAUAAUUUAAAACUAUACAUACUAAAAUGAUUGUUUUCCUGGAAAAGAUUAUCAGUCAGGUCUUCCUGUCCUAAUAAAGCCCAAAUAGUCUAAAACAAAAAGUGAGAACUAAUAGGAUAAUAAGUAAUCAGCAAAGAUUUGCAAAUCCUCUAAGUAUCCUGAAAGUGACUGAACAUUUUAAGACUUCCCUGAAGAAAUGACUCUCUGGUCUGUUACACAGCUGUGUGCCUCAAUUAUUUAUUGGAGAAAUUGGAGAAUCCUUAAUAGAGAUGUUGCCUUUUGAGAUCUUAACCAUAUAUUUAUUGCUAUUUGAAGUAUCUGUGAUCCAAUCGAUUCCAACAGCAUCAAUGGAAAUUCAUUGGAAAAACAAAUGCAGAAUAUUAUUUACAAUAUGCAAAUUGAAUGGGGAAUACUCAGGUCGGUGCUGUAGAAACCUGGGGGAAAUAACACCUUGAAGUGUAGGAGAAUGCUCCUGUACUGUAGCCUGCAGGAUAAAUACCACCAUGGUAUUUUGGAGUUUACAUUACCAACUUAUUUUGGUGUUAUGAAACUGUAGGCAUUUUUUAAGGUUUGUAACUUUUCAAAUGAUUAGAAAUAGAAAAAUAGCAUUUUUCUUUACUGUAUUGCAUUAUUACUGUCAAAUGUGAAAACUUAAAGAUCAAGCAUUCGUACCUCCUAUGUUUCCCUAGCAUUGCCUCUACCCAUGGCUCAGUUAAGUUUAGCCCAUGAGGUACUCAGCUGUACAGACCAGGAUGUCCCUUGGAGUUGUUGCUUGAUUUGUACUGAGUUGACUCAUCUUGAUUGAGAUAACGGCAAAAUACUGCAGGUGCUGGAAAUCUGAAACAAAGAAAAAACCCCUGGAAAAACUCAGCAGACCUGACAACAUCUGUGGAGAGAAAGACAGUUAACGUUUCAAGUCCUCAUGACUCAUAAGAAUAGUCAUAUGGAGUCUAAGUGUUAACUCUGUCUUUCUUUCCACAUAUGCUGACAGACCUGAGUUUUUUUCCAGCAUUUUUUGUUUUUGAUAGAGGUAAUGUUGGAAGUACUACAAUUGCCUCAGUAUCUCCUAGAUUAAGAGGAAGGUUUAGUUAAGAUUCUGCCUCACCCACAUCCUUGAUUUGCCAUCCAGCAACCCAUGUUUAAAUUGCAUUGAGUGCAUAUGAAUUCAAGACAAAACCAUCGGAUCACAUUACUUAGAUGAAGUACUGGAAGACAACCCAUGCCCACUGAACUAUACCCCAGCAAGUUCUUUUGGGACAGAGGGGUAAGUGCAGAGUUCAUCCCAUGAGGAAUGAAGAGCAAGCCAGUAGAAAGCUUAUGAAAGUGUAAUAGUGAAUAAACAAUGUAUCACAGUAUUUUUGUUGUAUGGUGUACUUCUAACCACAAAUGGAGAGAGAUGGAACCCUGGUAUUGUACUCAAUUGAAUGAUGUCAUGGACAUUCAAGCUCUACAUUGUGCGGUUCAUUGCUGUUUCACUUUUUACUGUACACAUGUCUACUGAAUAAAAGUAAAACAAAAUUGAACGGUUAACCUAUGUUAUGUAAUGGACUAAUAACCCAGUGACUGAGUGUUCAAAUCCCACCAUGGCAGUUUGAGAAUUUGAAUUUGCUUUAAACAAAAAUCUGACUAUCAGUAGAAGUGACCAUUAGAACUGUUGGAUUGCUGUCUAAAAACCCAACUGGUUCACCUAAUGUCAUUUAGGGAAGGAAAUGUGCCAUUCUUACCUGGUUGUGUCCAUAUGUAAUUGCCUUUUGAAAUGGCUUAGCUAGCCAUUCAGUUGAACCUAAUUGCUGCCAAAAGUAUAAAUAAAACCAGCAGCUGUGCUGCAUGGACUACAUUUGCUCAUGAAGGCCCAUUAAGAGCAGUUAGGCAUAGACAAUAAAUAUAAUUGUUGCCAGGUUAUCUACCUCCUGAGAAUGAAUAAAAACAUGCCAUUUGAACAGUGCAAGUAUAAGACAGUAUUUUAGUCUUCCCAUUUGGUUGAUCUGUAUUUUUUAGCAGUAUUAUCAGAACCAUUCAGUUUACUUCAGGUCUCCAUUGGUAUUUACCUUCAGUAUAUUCUGUGGAUACCAUAUGUAAAAUCUCAAUCUGUGUAUGCUACUUAAAUUAUUACUUUGUUAUUUAUUACAUUUGUAAGUGCUGCAUAUGAAAAUGUUGUAGAUGGUUACCUACCUUCUGAUGUCUGGAGAAUAGCAUCAAAAUAGUUAUUACAAUGUGGCAGUUCAUGUAAUGAAAUGUGCAAUUGUAUUUUGUCAUUCUAUUUGCUAUAUGAUAUGGUGUUCACUGACAAUCCUUUUGCAUAAACUGUUAUAAAUUGAAUGUUUGGAUGCCCAGAAAAAGUACAUUAAAAUAUUUAGGCAAAUUCA